AGAAGGAAGAUGUACAUGAAGUGAGGAUUCCUGAGUUUUUGCAAUGGUCAGACUAUCCAUUUAUUGCCACACAUUCCACAACUCGGAGUUGCUAUGAAGGCAGGGGCCUCGUCCAUGUGGGCUUCAUGCUGUGGUCUGCUGAAUGAAGUCAUCGGCACAGGGGCAGUGAGAGGCCAGCAGCCCGGGUUCGGAGCCAGUGCUGGACCCUUCCGGUUUGCCCCCAGCGCAGGAUACUCCACAUACCCGCCCACAACCUUAGGGAGCCCCAGCCUUGUAUGUAAGGCCUGUGGCCAGGCAUUCUCGGUCUUCAGGAGGAAGUAUAUCUGCUGCGACUGUAAGAAGAGCUUCUGCACGCUGUGCUCCAUGCUUCAGGAGAACUUGCGUAUAUGUGCUACAUGUCACCUGCUGAAGGGGACAGCCUUCCAGAGACCACAGCUGAUGCGGCUGAGGGUCAGAGACCUGCGGCAGUACCUGCUGCUACGCAACGUCCCCACAGACACAUGCAGGGAGAAGGAGGACCUGGUGGAACUGGUGCUGUGUCACCAGGGGACCGAAAGGGAGGGGGACCCCGACAUGGCUAGCUUCAACUCCCGCUCCCUCUACACCCCGCCCCCUUCCACCACACGCUCCGCCUCCGAGCUGUCUACUCUCUCCGCCUCUCAGGGGGAAGCGCUCAGCAGGAGCGACAGCUCAGGGACUACCAACCAGGAUAUAGGAGACGCUACAUCUCUCUCCACCCUGAACCUGGAACCCAGUGAACACACACCAGAGGUGAUCCCUCAGACGUGGCAGCGAGCACGGGCCUCUCUCUCAGACAUCUCUUGCCUGAGGGACAUCGAGGGUCUGUCCGUCAGACAACUGAAGGAGAUCCUGGCCAGGAAUUUUGUCAACUAUUCAGGCUGCUGCGAGAAGUGGGAGCUGGUAGAGCGCGUCAGCCACUUGUACAGAGAGACAGAGGAGAACAGGAAGUCAUUGGAAAACGUGAACACAGCUAUAACUUCAGUGGUGGCCUUGCCCCUUCCUCCCAUCUGCAUUGGAGGGAUUGGAGGUAAGGUAUCUGAAAAAGAUCGGGAGAAGGCCCAGCUGACCAACCUGGAUAACAGCUUGUGUAGGAUCUGCAUGGAUGCUGCGAUUGACUGCGUCCUUCUGGAGUGUGGUCACAUGGUCACCUGCACCAAGUGUGGUAAGCGGAUGAGCGAGUGUCCCAUCUGCAGGCAGUACGUUGUGAGAGCUGUGCACGUCUUCAAGUCCUAAUGUCUCAACCCAUCACCACCGUCUCAGAACAUCUUCAACAAAACACUCCAGAGAAACGGAGAUCUGUUCCGUCACAGUCCAUACUGGGAGACUGCCUCCAUGCUCUCACCACCAGUACUUCUUGUGGGUGUUCAUGUUGUCAUCCCCUGAAACGCUUACAUUAUUUGCACACUUCAACGUGACUAUUAAAAAUGCAGUGUUCUCUUUUUACCUUGUAUUAUUUAGUCUGACUAAUCAGUGUUUGAAGGGAAAAAGGGCAGCAGUCUACCCUCGUAUUAUUCCAUUACUAAACACAUCCUUGACUUGUUCCUAUCAAGAAUGUGAGCUAUUCAAUCACAUGUGCAUUGUUGUCUAACACGAUGUAUCACUUUCGAAUCUGCCUGCUAUGAACUGUAGCAUUUGCUGCAAAUAACUGCAUAUCUUAGUAAUUCUGAAGAAAAUACUGUACUGUGCAACAGGAUGGAGGAUGAGCAAAUUAGAGGUCUAUUUGGAUUCAAAACAGCAAUAUCCAAUGUCAUUUGCUCUUUUGUCAUGUCUUAGCACUGAGUGUUAAGAUGGAAAGGAAAAACAGGUGCUAAAUACAUUCAAAUGUUUUUCCAACUUAUAAAUUGUGGAUUUUCUUUCAUUAAUAUUUUCCAUUUUCUUUUGAAAGUGGAAGGAAUAGUUUGUUUUUAAUUGAUAAAUGAUUGUAGUUAACACAGAACAACUAAUCAAAGAGAGCUGCAACUUAACUGGCACUGGAAUAUAAAGUGUGUCUAUAUAUAUAUAUAUAUAUAUUAGUACCAUUGUAGAAUAAUAGGGAAGACAUCAACACUAUGAAAUAACACAUGGAAUCAUGUAACCAAUUUUCUUUUUAAAUCAAUAUAUUUUAUAUGUGAUAUUCUUCAAAGUAGCCACCCUUUGCCUUGCACACUCUUGGAACCUUUUUUACUAUUUUCUACAUUGUAGAAUAAUAAUGAAGACAUCAAAACUAUGAAAUAACACAUACCAAGAGUGUGCAAAGGUUGGCUGCUUUGAAGAAUCAAAUACAGUGCCUUGCGAAAGUAUUCGGCCCCCUUGAACUUUGCGACCUUUUGCCACAUUUCAGGCUUCAAACAUAAAGAUAUAAACCUGUAUUUUUUUGUGAAGAAUCAACAACAAGUGGGACAUAAUCAUGAAGUGGAACGACAUUUAUUGGAUAUUUCAAACUUUUUUUAACAAAUCAAAAACUGAAAUUGGGCAUGCAAAAUUAUUCAGCCCCCUUAAGUUAAUACUUUGUAGCGCCACCUUUUGCUGCGAUUACAGCUGUAAGUCGCUUGGGGUAUGUCUCUUAUCAGUUUUGCACAUCGAGAGACUGAAUUUUUUUUUUCCAUUCCUCCUUGCAAAACAGCUCGAGCUCAGUGAGGUUGGAUGGAGAGCAUUUGUGAACAGCAGUUUUCAGUUCUUUCCACAGAUUCUCAAUUGGAUUCAGGUCUGGACUUUGACUUGGCCAUUCUAACACCUGGAUAUGUUUAUUUUUGAACCAUUCCAUUGUAGAUUUUGCUUUAUGUUUUGGAUCAUUGUCUUGUUGGAAGACAAAUCUCUGUCCCAGUCUCAGGUCUUUUGCAGACUCCAUCAGGUUUUCUUCCAGAAUGGUCCUGUAUUUGGCUCCAUCCAUCUUCCCAUCAAUUUUAACCAUCUUCCCUGUCCCUGCUGAAAAAAAGCAGGCACAAACCAUGAUGCUGCCACCACCAUGUUUGACAGUGGGGAUAGUGUGUGUUCAGGGUGAUGAGCUGUGUUGCUUUUACGCCAAACAUAACGUUUUGCAUUGUUGCCAAAAAGUUCAAUUUUGGUUUCAUCUGACCAGAGCACCUUCUUCCACAUGUUUGGUGUGUCUCCCAGGUGGCUUGUGGCAAACUUUAAACAACACUUUUUAUGGAUAUCUUUAAGAAAUGGCUUUCUUCUUGCCACUCUUCCAUAAAGGCCAGAUUUGUGCAAUAUACGACUGAUUGUUGUCCUAUGGACAGAGUCUCCCACCUCAGCUGUAGAUCUCUGCAGUUCAUCCAGAGUGAUCAUGGGCCUCUUGGCUGCAUCUCUGAUCAGUCUUCUCCUUGUAUGAGCUGAAAGUUUAGAGGGACGGCCAGGUCUUGGUAGA